CCGCAUCCUUUUUAGUUUUUGUGCUGAGACUUGAACAGAUAAAAGCGUUGCCACCGUGUCUCUGAUCGAGAGAGAGAGAGACUUUCUCCUACAAUCUUAGACUGAGAGGCGUCCUCGCCCGGCAAGGUAAGACUCGCUGGAGCGAUGAUCGGCGGAGGAUCUUCGGGGAGGAUGCCCACUUUGAAAGAGAGAGAAAACAAUAAGAAGAGGGAAAGACGAAGAAGAGCUAUUGCUGCCAAGAUCUAUGCCGGCCUUAGAGCUCAGGGGAACUAUAAGCUUGCCAAGCACUGUGACAACAACGAGGUCUUAAAGGCUCUCUGUGCUCAAGCUGGUUGGAUUGUUGAGGAGGACGGAACUACCUAUAGAAAGGGAUGCAGGCCACCCCCAAAUGAGAAUGGAGGAACUUCAGCUAAUAUCAGUGCUUGUUCUUCCAUGCAGCCAAGCCCACAAUCGUCAUACUUCCCAAGUCCUAUGCCUUCCUACCAUGCUAGCCCGACUUCAUCCUCCUUCCCCAGUCCCAGUCGCAUUGAUGGAAAUCCCUCUUCAUUUCUCCUCCCAUUCAUUCGAAAUAUAGCAUCUAUUCCUGCAAACCUUCCCCCUCUCAGGAUAUCCAAUAGCGCUCCCGUAACUCCGCCUCUUUCUUCUCCAACCACCAGAAGUUCAAAGCGAAAAUCAGAUUUCGAGUCUUUUUCCAACGGAUCUCUUAAAUCCUUCCGCGACCCACUUUUUGCUGCCUCCGCCCCAUCUAGUCCUACGCGCCGCCACAACGUUGCAGCUUCGACUAUUCCAGAAUGUGAUGACUCCGAUGCUUCUACAGUGAACUCUGGUCGAUGGGUCAGUUUUCAGGCAGCAACGGCGGCUUCCGUUGCUCCUCCUUCGCCCACCUUUAAUCUUAUGAAGCCGGUGGUUCAGCAAAUUUCUCAUCAGAAUUCCUCAGAUGUUUGGAGUCCAGGUCCAGCUGCAGAGAAGGGGCGAGGAUCGAACUUUGAGUUUGAGAAUGGUAGAGUGAAACCGUGGGAAGGCGAGAUAAUAGUACAAGAGGUGGGAAUGGAUGAUUUGGAGCUGACUCUAGGGUGUGGAAGGGCUUGAAGUUAAAAGCAGCCUGAAUACUGCUUUGAAAUGUAUAGAAGCCACGAAAAGCCCAUGGUAAUGGAUGUUAUCCUCAAACCUAGUUGACCUGAUCGCCUUUGCUGAUCAUGAGGAUAUCCGCUACUCUGCAUUGUCAGGGGAAAUUGGUUUCUAUGUUACAUUCUUUUCUCCUCCUUGUAUAGUUCUCUAUAUAAUUCUGUGCUAAGUGGUUCCCCUUCCUGAAUUUGACUUCUCUGCAAUGCCUUGGUAACUGCUGGAGAGUUGCAUUUGAGGCAAUAUUCUAGGACGUAUGUGAAGUCAAAAAUCUUAACUUACCAUGACCAGAAUGGUGAAAUGGAAGGUGACGUUCUGUGCCCUCUUCAUUGAUGAUCCCAUCAUAUUCUUCUUUCUUUCAAUCGACAACAAAUGUUUCCAAUCCAUGUAGCAGAUUCGGGGCUCGAGCUUUUAUCAUGUUUUCAUAAAUCACUGCUGCUCUUUGAUCAACUAUUGCUUUGCCAUGCGUGCUCUAUUAGACUGAAUGACCCGCUUUGUCACUUUGUGCUUGUCUAAUCCCGUUACCUGUAUUUUUGUGUAUAAUUAAUAGGUCCAGCUUGUAAGUUUACUCGUCACCUGUUGUUUUUUUUUAUUAUUGUUUUUUCUUUUUCCUUUAUCGUCACCUGUUGUUAAGACAACUUGAAAGCGAUUUUCAUAACCAAGUGGUUACAGACAAGGACAUCAGCGCUCGAGUCUUGACAGAGAUUGUGAACAAUAUAUGAUUUUUAGUUUUUUCUUGUUGGUAGGAUUGUA